AUGGAAUCGGAGAUUUUAAUCAGCGGUCAGCUCGAUCUCGGCGACAUGGCGGAUUUCAUCGCAGGCGACGCCUGCGACUUCGGCGACUGCUUCUCCGACGACGAAUUCGACGUCGACGAAUUGGAGCGUCGCAUGUGGAAGGAUCGCCUGAAGCUGAAGCGAAUCAAGGACGGACAGAAGGCGAAAGACAGCGAGAUAACUAAUCCGGCAGACGAGGCGAAAGAUGCGGCGGGAGACGCGGCGACGGAUGCGCCGAAGGACGCGGCGGGCGAGGACGAGCAGAAGACGCGGCAGCGGCAGUCGCAGCAGGACCAGGCGCGGCGGAAGAAGAUGUCGCGCGCGCACGACGGCAUACUUAAAUAUAUGCUCAAGAUGAUGGAAGUGUGCAACGCGCAAGGGUUCGUGUACGGAAUUAUCCCCGAGAAGGGGAAGCCCGUCGGCGGAAGCUCCGACAAUCUGCGCGCGUGGUGGAAGGACAAGGUGCGCUUCGACCGCAACGGCCCCGCGGCGAUUGCGCGCUACAACGCGGAGCAGGCCGCCGCUUCUUCCGCCGCCGCCGCUGCUGGGGGGAACGGCAACGUAUUUCCCGGCGGGAUGGUCCCCGGCGCGGGCGGACUCGGCGGGAGCGGACUUUCCGCGCUCGCGACGCCGCAGACGCUGCAGGAGCUGCAGGAUACGACGCUGGGAUCGCUGCUUUCCGCGCUGAUGCAGCACUGCGACCCCCCGCAGCGGAGAUUUCCGCUCGAGAAGGGCGUUCCGCCGCCCUGGUGGCCGUCGGGGGAGGAGCAUUGGUGGCCGCAGCUGGGGCUGACACGUGGCACCGGCCCGCCGCCGUACAAGAAACCGCACGACUUGAAGAAGGCGUGGAAAGUAGGCGUGCUGACGUCAGUCAUCCGGCACCUGUGUCCUGACGUGGCGCGGAUUCGAAAGCUGGUUCGCCAGAGCAAGUGCCUGCAGGAUAAGAUGACGGCGCGCGAGAGUGCCACGUGGAACGCCGUGCUGGACCAGGAGGAGGCGGAGAUUCUCAAGGCACAAGGGCGCCUCGAAGACGCGGCGAAAUUCGACCCGUUUGCUGCCGGAUCGCCCGUAAGAGCCCCCAGCGCGGGUGCGUUCGAGCGCGACGGCGGAAUUACCGGCGGGAUUGGUGACGGGAUUGGCGGAGGAAUUGGGGGAGGGAUCCGCGGAGCGGACUUGACGGGCGUGGAUACGAACGCGCUUCUGGCGGAGAUUCUCAGCGGAAAGAUGCACGCCGGCGCACUUGACGCGGGGGAGGAUAAGCGGGGAAGCUUUAAACUAUCCGCGGCUGGUAACGGGACAGACUAUGACGAGUACGCGCCUGAAGCACCUGGCCGUUUGGCUGGCCGCGUCAAAACGGAGCAGGAGAUUCUGAAUAUCCCCGCUACAGUGUUCUCCGGUACAAGCAACCUCACCAGCGCUUCUGCCGCUGCUGCUGCUGCUGCUGCUGCUGCUGCUGCUGCUGCUGCUGCUGCUGCUUCGCUCUCACAGGGUGCGGGGUCCUUAACCCCAGAGCACAGAGUUUUUCUCUGCCCGUUUGACCGCUGCCCGAAGCACCAGUGGAGCAACGCCUUUGCUGACCGCAACGCGCGGAACCUCCAUCAAGCCUCCUGCCCGUUCCGCCCCAAGCUCUCAGGCUCGGGCUCCCCUGCUCCUGCUGGCGCUGCCGGCGUCACUGGUGCUAACAUCGGUGGUGCUAAUAGAGGUGGCGGCAUCACCUGCCCCAUUCGGAGAAGUGCGAGUGCCUCCUCCUUCCUUCCUUCCGGAAAUCCCGUCUUCGCUUCCGCUGCCGCCGGUGCUGCUGGUGUGGCUGGUUCUGUUGGUGUGGCUGGUGCUGCUGGUGGUUUGGCUGUAGCCAGUGGAGGCGGCAGCAGCAAGCCGUCUGGCAAGGACCCUGCCGCCUUCGCGUCCGCCGCUGCUACAGCCGCCGCCAUCAAGGCGAGCAUGCAGCAGGCUGGGCUGUCAAGCGUUGGUGAAGCGGUGGAAAAAACGGGGAGCGACGGGGGUGUUGGAAGCCCCACGUCAUGUAAUGAUGCUCUCAGCAACGCCGGCUUGAGCAAUACUGGACUGAGCAACGGCGGGGUCAGCAAGAGCAGCAGCACUGGAAAUUCCGCGAGCAAUCAAUUCGCUCGUCCAUCCAUUCUCCUCCCAUCUGCCACACCUGCCUCUCCUGCUGCUCCCGCCAUCUCCCCGCGUCUCGCUGCUAUUAUAGCCCAGCAGCAGCAGCAGGAGGAGCUAAUCGCAACCGUUGGAUCUUGGGCCAAGGGCCAGCUUCAAACCAGGAUGAAGCGCCGAGCCUUGUCGGACCUCCAAGCCUUGGUGCCCGGCGAGCGCACGCUCGGCCGAGCCUUGACCGAACCUGAGGUCCGGGCUGAAGCAGGCGGGGCAGAGGGGAGCGGUGCUGCUGAUGCUGGUGCGGUGCAGUAUGGUGGGUUUGAGAAAUUGACUGGAGAGGAGUGUGGGUUGGGUGGUGGUGGGGGAGGAGGGGCUGAUGAAUUGGGUAUGUGGGAUGGGGGCAUGAUGGGGACUUAUGGCAGUAGCAAUGGCAGCGGUGGUGGCAGCAACGGUGCUGCUGCUGGUGCUGUUGGUGUUGAUGGUCAUGAGAAUAUGUUUGGGAUGGGUGUAGGAGGGAUAGCUGGAGGUUUAACAGGAGGAGUGACAGGAGGCGGGCUAGCAGGAGGGCUAGCAGGGCUAGCAGGGGCACAUGACCCGAUGAGGCUGAUGGGUCAGUUGAUGGAUGACGAUUUGCACUACUUCAGCUGCUAG